AUGGCGCCCUGGUUCGCCCUCCUCGAGGCGUGGGCCGUCGCAGCAUUGAUCCGCAGCCCCACGUUCAACCGCGCAAUCCACAAAGCAUACAAGAAGAUCAACAGGAUCCCCGAUCAUGAGCCAAAGAACGGCUUGGGCCGCACUGGUCCUUCGGCUUUCGACCACUUUAGAGACGAAGUCAAGACCCAGUUCAAGGACCUUACUUGGCAGAAACGAGACCCGCGCAAAUGA